AUGGAUUUAGAGGAAUAUGAUGAUGACCACAUGAUGGCGCACAAAUCCGUACUGCGCAUGAGUUCCACACCAGUGAAUCCAAACAGCAUGAGCAAGCAGCAGGUCGAUUCGGUGAAGAAAUGGCUAAAGAAGAUACCAUCUGGUCCAGCUGCUCUAGAGACUGACAUGUCAUCCAUUAUGGCAGAAUUCGAUGUGAUCAAGACUUCGUCGUCACCAGGAGCGGAAGCUGAGAGCUCUGACUCAGCAUCGUCGUUCGAUAUGGUCGUUCAGGAUAAUCUGGUUGUUCAAGAUACAACAUCGACCCAUCCUACUCUCCAUGCACCAGUGGAAAAAGUGCUGAGCGCUGAGUUCUUGAAUACUCUUCAACAGCCGUUAUCUUGGUGGUUGAUGCGAAUAAUUCCCAAAGAAAGCCAGAAGGCUGAAUCAAGUACAGAAACAGUUCUACACGAAUCCAUGCGUUCAAUGAAACGGCCUCAUAGCAGUAGCGAUGUUAAGAGGCACUAUGAAUUUGAAGACGUCAUUGAUAGAGUGCGUGCGUCUAGCAACGAUGCUUGGGUUCUAGGAUCGGAGCCUUCAAAGAAAACUCGAACAGAAGAGAACUACGCUAAAGAAGAACCUUCAACAAGUGAGCAGGAGUGUGAACCAGUGACCCCGAUACCAUUUAACGAGGCCGAGUUCCUGGCGAAUUUAUCGAAGCUGUUCGUCUGUAAAAUGCAGACGACUUCACCAUCAGAUUUGCCACCGAAUUCUGACGGUCAGGACAUCGACCUUAGCACUGUUCUCGGCUGGAAACGAGUUUUGGAUAGAAUUGAGCAAGCGGCACCAUACUGGCUCAAAGAGCAAGAACCGGCACAAGAUUGUCCAUAG